AAAAAAAUGGUUUGAACGAGGUGGCAAGAAAAUCAACAAUAAUGGUCGAUCCAACUGCUACUAAUGCUCGAGGUUUGAUUGAGUUUUUGUUGACACCGAUUCAUUGUUUCUUUGUUGAUAACUUGAUGCCGAUUCAUUGUUUCUUUGUUGAUUCCAAUUCGUUAUCUUCAUCGAACCAGCCAGGGUGAUCCGAUUGCCAAGUUUACAUGUCUAACUUCCGGUCAGGGCCACUUGGGAUGCAGACUGCGAAUUAUGUAGAUAUCUUUGGCAUUCUCGUUGGCCUUCGUUCCCAUGUGGAGACGUCUUACAUUAUUGAAGGAGAUUCCCUCAAUGUUGUGAAAGGGUGCAAAGGGGAUCAGAAACUUCCUUGGGAGUUGAAAUCUUUGUUAUUUCAUAUUUUGGAUCUCGCCUCCUUUUCUGUCUUUUUUGUUCAUCUGUAUAGGGCGACUAAUGUGCUAACUGAUUCCCUGGCCAAAGGACGUUCUACCCUCUCUGAAGCCAUUAUUUUGGAUUCUGUAAUCUCGUUCUAG